UGUGCUUCACGAUCACGAUUUGGUCGAGCCUUGCAUCAUUCUUGUUUUAGGGAAUGGGAAAAUUAAGCAUUUAAACCGAUUUAAAAGUUUAGUUCAAAUAUUAAUUAUAGUUAAAACGCACAUAACAAGUUUUUGUUGGUUGGAGUGUAACAUAUUUAGUCGAAAAUGGCUCAAUCUAAAUUGAACGAUAUGGCGAAUAAAUUUGGAGGUAACCCCAAAGGCUUAGGGACCGGACUAAAAGUUCUUGCUGCAGCCGGCGCUGCCGUUUAUGCUGUUAGUCAGUCAAUGUUCACAGUUGAAGGUGGCCACAGAGCUAUAAUUUUCAAUAGGAUUGGUGGAGUCCAAAACGACAUCUACACUGAGGGUCUGCACUUUAGAAUUCCAUGGUUCCAAUAUCCAAUAAUUUAUGACAUUAGGUCUAGGCCAAGGAAGAUAUCGUCACCCACUGGUUCCAAAGAUCUGCAGAUGGUUUCCAUCGGACUGAGAGUGCUGUCACGACCCAACGCAACCAAGCUCCCUGACAUGUACAGACAAUUGGGUUUAGACUAUGAUGAGAAAGUGCUGCCUUCCAUCUGCAAUGAAGUCCUCAAGUCUGUCGUUGCCAAAUUUAAUGCAUCUCAACUCAUCACCAUGAGACAGCAGGUUUCGCUCAAAGUGAGGCAAGAACUGAUAGAGAGAGCGCAAGACUUCAACAUUAUCCUUGAUGAUGUUUCUAUUACUGAAUUGAGUUUUGGAAAGGAAUACACAGCUGCUGUUGAAUCAAAACAGGUAGCUCAACAAGAGGCCCAGAGGGCAGUUUUCGUCGUAGAAAGAGCCAAGCAGGAGAAACAACAGAAAAUCUUCCAAGCAGAAGGAGAGGCAGAAGCUGCCAAAAUGUUGGGUCAGGCAGUCGGCAUGAAUCCUGGUUAUCUCAAGCUGCGAAAGAUCAGAGCUGCCCAGAGCAUCGCACGAACUAUCGCCAACUCUCAGAACAAGGUAUACCUCAGUGGUUCCGCCCUCAUGCUGAACAUCAGUGAUCCCGCUUUCGACGACCUCAGUAAUAAACUUAAAAGCCCUCGAUCAAGCUAUCCCCAGCACAGUUCUGGCCCUGACUCGGAGGAGACAGUCGCAGACACCGUACAACAAACUGCCGCUCAAAUCGUCAACAGUCGCUCUUAACUUUAGGCUUUUUACAAUCUUAGACGCAUUUCUUAACACUAACUUAUCAGAGGAUAACAGUUCAAUUGAAUCGAAGGGCUUAUCAUUACUGUAAAUUGGUAAUAAUUUUAACAUUAUCCAGAUAUACGCCAACAUCACUGUGGAUAUUUUACGUAUAGGUCCUAACCUAUUUGAUUUAUUGGCUUUUUCAUGAUGGAAUGGCCUCUGGAUCGUCUGAAUGAAUUAAUACAGGUUUAGAUUACCUGUUUGCUGUCAAAACAAUACUUAAUGGUAGUACGAUGACUACAGCUGUUUCCUGUUUUUUAAAGAAAGUACGAAACAGCUGUAAUCGUCGUACUACAAGGAUCAUUUUGACAGCAAACAGGUAAUCUAAACCUAUUUUAGUAUUGGCAUUUGAUCUGUACCAUUUUAGAUCAAGUAAUAUUAAUUUUUAUCUUUUUGGUUUAGCUUAUUUGCCAUAUUUUUGUUUUGCUAAAAGCAGCUUUAGUGGAUGCUAUUCUCCCCUUCAAGCUAUAACCCCCUUGUGUGCUAUAUUUUAAAUAAUUAAGUACUUCUCACAAUUCUAUCUUUCUUCCACUCUCUGUCUUAAAUAAUCUACUAUCAAUAUUUUCAAUGCCUUUCAAAAUAUUUUAUUCAAAUUUCUACAGUUUUAUCUCUUCAACACUUGACUUUAAUCAUUCAGCUUUCUUCUUUUAUAUGUUCUCAAAAGUUUUGAACAAUCUUUUUGACCUAUGAAGUUCAACUUCAUAAAAAUAUUUCUACCCAAAGCUUUUAAUUGAUUAAUUACUGAUUCAUUUGUUUUAUUGUUGCCAAAGCUAGAAGUGAAUGUGGUUAGCUUUAAUUUAAUAAAUCUUAGCAUAUCAGUGCUUUGCAAUUAAAGUGGUGUAAUGGCAGUAAUUUAAAAAUACUGUAUGACCAAAGAACAGUGCUAGUUGUAACUUAAAAGAGAUUUGUGUUUUGUGGUGUAUGAGUCAACGUAUUUAGUGAAUGAAUUAUGAAACAAUAAGAAUUGUACUGUUAGAAAUAAUAUAUAUGUGUACGAAAGUCAUAAGACAUUAAAAUUAUUUACAAAAUGUA